GGAAAAUGGAGGGAAAUAUUCGACGCACGUGGAUUGGAACUGCACAACUGUUCAGAAAAAGUAACUGCAUACCCAGAGGGAUGCUGUGCACGUAUAUGUGUGUGCUUAAUUGCAUGCGUGUAUAAGUGAGUUCUGCUCUACCCAACCUGAUAUCCUGUAAAAACCUUGGCCCCUGCAAGAGGUCUGGAUGAGACUGCUCUGGCUUUUCAGUUGCAUUUUCAUCUGUUUUCCUCAUACUCAUCAGACCAAUUCAUGGAACUAUGUGUGAAAGUGAAUUUUGGCUCAAUUGCCAUAUGCAUGUAGGCCUUGAAAUGGAAGAUUAUAAGCAGCUGUUCCAGAGCAUCAGCACUUUGCAGUCUUCCAGACAUGGAUACAUCGAACUGCUUCAAGAGGAGGUGAAGAGAAAUCAGGAUAAACCUUUUGAGAGGCUUAAAGUUGAGGAAGAAACUGAAGAUGUUUCAUGUUCUCCCUCAACUCAUUCAUUUCACAACAGUAGCAACCUGCUAACAGUGCCCUACUCAAUCCCACGUGCACUAGCUAUCUCUCCCAGUCUGGGAGGACACCCAUUGUCACCUGAACUUGCAAUCAGUCUGAGAAAGAUAUUGUUUGGAAACACAUUUCACAUCUUCAAUUAUGAGUGGAAGAAAUCCUAUUUCAAAUUUCGGGAGCCAUAUUCCAAACUGGCCUAUGCGUUGGAGGCAGAAAGAGGGGGAACACGGGCCAUUCAGAUGGCAGUCCAGGCCCACGUUAUAAAAUACUUGCUUUUUUCACAGCCAUUGAGCUCGGAGUGCUGUGGAAUGGAGAGUCUGUUGGAGAUUGGGGAGAAAGAGCAAGAGAGGGCUUUAGCUGCUGCUUUGGCUGAUAUUUUAUGGACAGCUGGUGAGGAGGGCACUGCCACCGUCUCCUUGGUUACGCCAGAUCGCUGUUUCACCCCCCACCUGGACUACAAACUGGACAACUUUACAGAGCGGUUGCAGCUUUUCACCUUUAAAGAGAAAGAAGACGUCACAAAAUUUAUAUAUGAACAUAUUAAAUGUUUUAAUGAGGAGGGAAGCCAUGGAGUCAUUCUGUUUCUGUAUAGUUUGAUCUUCUCAAGGUCGAUUAUUAGAUUGCAAGAUGACCUGGAUUUAAGCAUGACUCAUCUCCUGCAGUUUGGCUUGGGCAACUUUGUUUGUCGCCAGGCUCUUUUAAACCUGCUGUUGACUGGUCGUGCCAGUCCUAAUGUCUUCAAUGGGAAGUUGUUAUGCGAUGAGCAUGGAAAUGCACUGGACCAACCACUCCAUGGAGUUCUGACUCGGAGUAAUGUGGGAUACCUACACUGGAGCCGAGAACAAGCGGAACAUGGCAGUCUGCCUGCUGUGGGAAGCAUGCUGAAGACACCCAAACUUCCUGUUUGGGUUUGCAACGUCAACGGUACCUACAGCGUUUUAUUUAGUCCAAACCGAUCUCUGCUGUCUGACUGGAAGAUGGAACAUCUCUUUCACCUCUACUUCUACAAUGGCCAACCAUCCCAAGUCAGUACUGCAAUGCUCACUAUAGAUACACAUUCGCAUCACUGGGAGGCUAAAAGCAGAGAUGGUCAAGGAGACCCUGAAAAGAGGUUUCCCUCUGUAGAGAUGACCAUCCGGACUAAAUGGGAAGGAGCAGCAAUUGCCUGGAAUGGGACAAUUCCUUUCUUCUGAGGUUUAGCUAGCCAUCGAUCUCAAUUUAGGAAUCUUUUUUUAAAAACUACAAUAUAAAAUUAUAUCUAUGUGCUAUGACACACAUUAUAAUAAAAAUUGUAUGUAUUCUUAAUGUCAUGGAAUAAUAUAUUUAGACAUAUAUUUAGAAGCCUUGUAUUUCUGCCGGAUUCGAUCGUUUUGAUAAUGCUUGCAUUUGCAAUUUGUUCACAUUUCACAAAAAUGUAUAACAUGCUCAGGGAGAUCAUUUAGGAUCAUGUAACACAUAUAAAGUAAAUAGUUUUUAUAGGGCUGUCAAUCAAUUAAAAUAAUAAUCGCAUGAUUGUCAUGAGUUAACUCACGAUUAAUCACAAAUUAAAAACAUAUUUUUAUGUUUUAG